UUACACCUUUCCCUGAAGAAGCACGGAAGCAAGAAACGCUGAAGGUUUUCCUCUGAGUUCAGAAGCAUCCGUAAAAUGGAUGAAUUUCAACAUCCAUUGUUCUUUGAGGCGAGAGAUGUGACAGACAGAGAGAGGGAAAAGAUCAGGAGACACUUCCUCAAAAAACGAGACUCUGGAGGAGGUGAAUGCGGAGCAGUUGAAAAGAUUGGAGGCAAUAUCUAUAAAAUCAGUUUCAAGGAGAAAGAAGACCAGGAAAGAGUUUUGCAGAGGAAGUUUCACACCAUCUCUCUUCCUUCUGGAGAAUUACAUCUGACUGUGAGUCGAACAGACUCACCACAGAACCCUGACCAGCCCUCCACUAGUCAAUCUUUUCAGACACGCAAACAAGCAAACAAGAAAAGCUUUAAGAAGAUUUUCAAGCUAGAUAUUUACCUCCUGUAUUACCUGAGAGGCAACCUGAGGGCAAAUAAAAUAUUAAGGAAACAACUGUCUUGUAUUGACUGCACGGUGGACUUUAAUCUAGAAGAAGAGGAGGCAGUGGUUAGGGGGGAUAUUAACAAAGGGUCUGGAGAUGCCUUUGGCAGUGCUGCAGAGAACUGGGAGAUACAAGUGGAUCGUGUCUUCAUCGGUCUAAUUGAGAGGUACCAAAGCUAUCAUGUGGUUGAUCCAAAAAGUGCCAGAAUCCUACUGCAGGACCUCUCGUUUGUGACUGAUGAUCUCAAAGUAUACACAGAGGGUGGUUAUGCUGUGGUAGUGGGAGAGGUUGAGGCUGUAAACAAGAGGAUUGCAAUCCUGGAAAAGAGCGUGCCAACCCGGAAAGAAUUACCAAUUGUGGAAAAGCAGUUCAAACUGGUAGAGGAAGAAUUUAAUCGACACAUGACUGCACACUGUCCAGAGGUUAAAAUCCACAAAGGUAAUGCCACAAUUAUCUUGGAAGGCCUUGACAAAGAUGUGCAGCAAGCAGCUAUAAAACUUGAUGAACUGAUCAAAAAGAUAAAGGAAAAGAGAGUUAAAAUCAGCACAGCUUUACUUACAUUCAUAAAAUCCAGCAAUGCCAUCUCCAAGUACCAGGCUCGCUUCCAACAGAACCUCAGAAAUCCGGUUUCCCUGGAGGUGGGGUCAGACCUGGUUCUGUCCAGUUUGUCCCCUGAUGCCCUUGAUGAAGCUGAGGCAGCACUGCAUAGAGACCUGAUUGUGGCCAAUGUGGAGCUUCAGGGAGCUGCAGCUGUGCGACCAGAUUUUGACAGAGUGAAAGAAAUCAUGAUCAAAGCCAAGAACGAAGCAAACUGUCGUGAGCUGAGAGUGGACGUCAGCUUCAUCCCCGGUCGUAGUGGGACCACCAAAGUUCGUCUGGUGGGUUACAAUGAAAAUGUGAACAAGCUCAAAGAGGUUCUGCAUGAGUACCAGAUAAACCAAGUCGAGACACAAGAAGUGUUGAACUUACCGCUUCCUGAACUGGUUGACUCUUUCGAUAAAGUGUUAAAAAUGAUCGGCAUGAAGCAGACCAACGUAACCUUAAAAGCCUCCCAUUUCCCAUCCCCCUGCGUUCUUGUGUCAGGCCCUCGCUGUCUGGUUCAGGAAACUCAGAGAAACUUAAAUGCAACUCUAGCCAGUCUGACAUCAGAUAAAUUGGUUCUGGAUGGACCAGGGGCACAGCUGUACUUCCAAGCCGAGGGUAAGGUGAGCAAGGAGCUGGUAGAGGACUCCUGUCAUGUCCUUAUCAGGGAACAGCAAGGUGUGAACUCCCCAAUUGUGAAAAGCUCCAUCACCAGCAGUGUAACACCUACACCUGCCCCCAGAACGCUCCAAACUUCUCCUCGGAGCAUUUCAGUCAACAGGACAAGCCUGGAGAUCAAACUCGGCAGUUUGGUGGAUGAGCAGGUGAAUGUGUUGGUGGUCCCUAUGCUCAGCAGCCAGCCAACUUCAACAAGAAUUGGUAAUUGUCUGUUGAAAAGAGCAGGGAGUGCACUGAAGUCAAAUUUUGACUCAAUGGCAGCGACAUGUACCCUCGCCCCUGGUGAUGUUCUGCAGGUUGAUGCACCUUCAUCUCUGGGCUGCUCCAAGCUCUUCUUCAUUGAGUGCUUGCCAUGGGAUGGAGUCAGAGGGCAGAGUGUACAGGCACUUAGCAAUGGGUUGAAGAGAUGUUUGGACCUCUGUGUACAGCAGCACUUGGUGUGCUCGGUGGCCUUUACAGUUAUCGGACCUGGAAUUCUUUUAAAGUUCCCGCUGAGAGAAGCCAUUCAAGUGCUGACUGAAAGCAUUGGUCAGUUUGGAUUGACUGCAUCCUCUGGGUCUCUCUCCAGCAUCCACAUUGUCAUUAAACCAGACUAUCCUGACUCUGAGCAGUGCUAUCAUGAUGUCUACAAGCAACUCAGCAUACAUAUGAAUCAGGGAGGCCAAGCCAUCUUCAGGUCCCUCAGGAGUGACGUUGAUGACAUCACAAUGACAUUGAGCAGUGGGGUUAAACUACAGCUGGUGUUUGGUGACAUCACUAAUGAGACUACAGACGUUAUUGUGAACACGACCAACUUCAGAAAUUUUCAGAAAGAUGGCGUCUGCAAAGACAUCUUAACUGUAGCUGGACCAGAGGUGGUGGCUGAACUCAAAGCAGCAAUUGUGAAUCGAGGCCAGAGUUUUGCAUCCCAUCCUGGAUAUUUCCCCUGCGAAGCCAUUUUACAUGUUAAUGGACACAAGGAUGCAGGUAUCAUUGAACAAUUGGUUUGUGACGUCAUUGAAUAUUGUGAAACAUCUGAACUCGAGUCCGUGGCCAUUCCUGCCAUCUGUGCUGGAGCUGGUGGGUUGGACCCCGGUGUUGUGGCAAGUGCCAUCCUCCGAGGAGUCAAGACUGCCACGUCGACCACUUCACUUAACUUUCUCACUGACAUCCACCUCGUCCUGAUCAAGAUCAACGUCUUUUUGGCAUUUAAAGAGGAAGCAAUGCAAAUGUUUUCAACUGCUGUAAUCAACAGAGUGUCAGUGCCUCAGUUGCCUCAGGUACAACAAAAACAACAACAGCCGCCUUCAUCUGUGAGUUCAGGCACCCUCCAUACCACCUCCACAAGUAAUCAGUCCGUCUUCCUGUUCCUGGGUCUCUCCAGAAAAGAUGUUGACGAUGCCAUGACAAAGCUGAAGGAACUGUAUCAGGCUCAGUGCUCCGCUCAAACCUUCAAAAAGGAGGAGCUGGCAGGCCUCACUGCGGACGACAUGGAAGAUCUGAAGCAGCUGGUGAAGACCCAGGGUCUAUGCAUGCAGAUGGACCAAUCAGGCCAGGGCAGUCUUACAGUGAGUGGGUUAAAAGAUGGGGUCAACCAGGUGAUGCAGAUGAUUAAUGUCUUUCUGCAAGGCUCUCUCAGAAGAGAGAUGAGAGUCAGAAAGGAGGAGGAUUUGUACACCCGUGUGGCUUGGUGCAUCUUGGGACAUAACGGCAACUGGCAGAGACUCCCCAAAACAGCCAAUCACAACCUGGAAAACAAAGACGUAGCAGGAGGGAUAGAGGAUGCACAGGGCAUCAAGUGGAGGGUGGAUCUUCAGAAGUUUGAGGCCACAAGAAUAAUGGGAUUUGUCACGGCGAAGCUGAAACGACUUGUGAAUCUGUCAGACUUCACUUUUCCUCUGUACUGGGACAACAUGGCUGAUGAUGAAAAUCUGAAGGUGGUUGUACUGCAGCCUUCUUCUCAAGAGUACCGGACAGUGAAGGAGGCCUUCAAACGAACUGUCUCCAAGACUGUAAUGAAGAUCGAGCGCUUGCAGAAUGUUCAUCUGCGACGCGCCUAUGAAGUGCAGAAGAAGAACCUUUCUGAUAAGAACAAACAGGAAGGUGGAGCAGGUGAAAAGCUUCUGUACCACGGGACGACCGAGGACAACUGUGACUCCAUCAUGAAAACUGGGUUCAACAGGCGCUUUGCUGGGCAGAACGCAACUUCAUAUGGACUUGGAACCUACUUUGCAGUAAAGGCCAGUUACUCAGCCAGCCCCACCUACUCCAGGCCAGCUUUUGAUGGUACUCAGUUAAUGUUUGUGGCCCGAGUCCUGACUGGUCUCUACACUCAGGGCACAAGCAGCAUGAAGGUUCCUCCACCUCGCAAUGCCCUACAGUCUGAUGACCGCUACGACAGUGUUGUGAACAGAAUAAACAACCCUAGCAUGUAUGUGGUGUUUCAUGAUAACCAAGCAUACCCAGACUACCUCAUCACCUUCAAGUAGGACUAUGAGGAUGAUGUAUAUAAUAAUUAUAAUAUUUUAUGGCAUCAUUAUCUGCCAUGAUAACAUAAUUAUUAUACUGUUGUACUGCUCACAAAGUGCUGUACUUCUGCAGGGUAAUUUAGGUAAUUCCUCAUUGAGGAUGUUUACUUAUGGACUUUAUUUCUGUAGAUUACAAGAUGUAUGCUACUGUUUUAUGAUUAAUGAUUUCCCCCUUCUUCAUCACUUAGCACCCUUGGUUUCAGAGUACAACACCACUGUCAUAAAUAUGCACAGUUGUACACAUGUAUUUGUUAUGAUGUCAUUGUUUAUGAUCAAAAACUACCGAGUCAACAAUUUUGCAAGCAGUCAAACAUCAAGAAAGUACAACAUCACAAGACAUAACAGCCAGCUAACAUUACUUACUAGUCGAACAGCAUUUCAUUCAUUACACUUCCUCUUCUUAGCCUCUUAGCUCUCAGCGUUUGCCUGCACCACAGCGUUAGUAAAUUAUAGUUAAGAGAAGUUUGCUGUUCGUCAAUACACUGUAAAUCACUGAGAGUUGAGGUAGAGAAGCUGGAGGACAAGAAAACUUGAAAUAAUUUAGUGCCUUAAAGGAUUAUGUAUUUGUUGCAAGUUAAAAUCUGUUAUUUUAUGUUGAAAAAGUUGCAUCAUGCUGCUUUAUGUGUCAAUUUAUGUCUGAUUUUGUGUUUGGGAAGCCAUGGAAGCCUGAAACUUUAUAAAAUUUGGUACAUCAU